UGCUCUUCUCGCUUCUCGACUUAAGCGCUACUUGAUCAUCGGCUAUGGCCAUCGCAAACCCAGGUGCUCCCGCUGACUCCUGCUCGCCGUCCCGGUUCACGGAGGAAGUCAUGGAUGAUGGAUGGAUCUGCUCCUCGAUGCGCCGAAUGGUCUGGUUACAUCUCGACGGCACAAUCGUGAACCAGAAGGUCAUUGGACUAGGGUCAACAGGCCUUGUCAUUGAGCAGGGACGGUGGGCGAUCAAGAUCCCUUACGUUUCGAGAGGAAUCAUCCGUGGGGUUGAUGGAUUGCCAGACGAGGUGGAACCUCUGACACCCGAGGAGGGCGACUACGAUGACCGGAUCCCCCUGAUCGAGGAGAUCCAGUGCGAAAAGGCAAUGUACAGGAGACUGGGGAACCACCAUGGCAUCGUACGCUGCCACGAUCUCGAGUCGACCGAUCCUUCGAUCCGAAUGGAUCGAAUGAGCGGGGAUCUUCGACAUUUUCUCGACGAACAAAAGCGGCCAACACGGCAGACGCAGUUACGCUGGUUUGUCACAUUGGCACACACCAUGGCGUAUAUCCACGAACAUCGGAUCAUCAUCGCUGAUGUUCGACUGGACAACCUCUUGCUCGACGACCAUUUGGCCAUCAAAUUCUGCGACUUUGCAGGGUCAACCUUGAUGCCUCUCGAAUGGGAUCUGCAUGGCACCGACGAUUUUGGUUAUUCAAUCUUGAUCGACAUUGGACAAUUCGGGGCCGUCAUGUAUCAAGUAAUCACCGGAAAAAAGUGUAAAUUCGAGCUGGGGGAAAAGGAAUCCGAUAGUUUGUUAACAGGCACUCGACGAGAAGACCUUCCAUCAACCGAAGGUGUUUGGCUAGGUCACAUCAUUGAGAACUGUUGGACUAUGUCCUUUAAGUCUUCCAACGAGCUUGCCGCAGCCCUUGACCAGGCAAAACUUCCCGAAGAAGUCCAAGCUCCGAUUCCUUCUCAGUCGGCGGACAAUCUCUUGACUCUUCAACCUUGACCACCGAGUGUUUUAGGCCUGCUGCACCUCUGGUGCAAAUCGACAGUGAAAGAGCAGCUUCCAGGUGGCUGAUCAUUUGAUCAUGAUAUUGGCUGGUCCCAAGCUGCCUGGGUCUCUGCCUCCAGUCUUCGGUCUAUCAAUUCUUUUCCCACCCGCGUACCAGAAAGCUUCGGAUCGAUGGUUGGGACAGUUGCCAUGUUUCUUGACCGAUGAGGCUGGAUAAACGUGCUCCACCUUGUGAUCCACGUUGUGUUGACUGGAUAGACGAACAACUUCAACAGGAGGCUCGAAGUUAUGGCAUGGAAGGUGGCCAUUCGGUUUCUUGGUGCAACGGCGGUGAUAUUUAGGACCUGGGUGGACCACUUGGCAACCACAAUAGUUCGGGUUUGACAUGGUGACAAAUGGCUUUGACUGGUAUAACUUCUCUUCAAGAUAUGAAGCGAAACCACUCGUGUAUAUGAUCAAGGUCUGUGAAGCUGGGAGAGGGAGAGAAAGAAGAUCAACGCUUGAUAACUUCGCCUUCAUGCCCUUGAGUACGUGGGGUUGCGUCGUCCCUGCGAGGUGCUGACCGCACCUGCGCGCCCAGGGAAAAGGGACAUAUCUAUACGAGCUCAGAGAGGGGACGUCACCGUAGACCGGGGAGGCCAUCUACCGUAAGAGGAACUCGAUGGUCUGGCCACGUUUCAAGUGACACAAGCA